CACUGCCGUAUGCCUUUCUUCAUAUGAGACACAACUUGAAAUAUUUUGAUAAAAUGAGAUGCUUGCGGAAGCGAUCAGCAGUGUCAUUCUUAGGCGUCCUUGUCAUUUGCUUGCUGUUCAUGAACUUGUACAUUGAAGAUGGUUAUGUUUUGGAAGGGGACAAGCAAUUAAUCAGAGAAACAGCCACGCACCAGCUCAACCCAGAGCGCUAUGCUCACACGUACAAAGAUUUGUCUAAUUUCUCAGGAUCUAUAAACAUAUCCUAUCGCUACCUAGCUGGCACGCCUUUGCCAAGGAAAAGGUAUCUUACAAUUGGGCUAUCUUCUGUGAAACGGAAAAAAGGAAACUACUUGCUUGAGACCAUCAAGUCCAUAUUUGAACAGUCGAGUUAUGAGGAACUUAAAGAAAUCACAGUGGUAGUACAACUGGCAGAUUUUGAUUCAGCCUGGUGUGAAGGGAUGGUCCAGGAUAUUUCACAGAAAUUUGCACAUCACAUAAUUGCAGGCAGACUAAUAGUUAUUCACGUCCCUGAGGUGUAUUAUCCAAUACUGGAUGGUCUCAAGAGAAAUUACAAUGACCCAGAAGACCGUGUGAAGUUUCGAUCUAAACAGAAUGUUGAUUAUGCUUUCCUGCUUAACUUCUGUGCUAAUCUUUCUGACUAUUAUGUGAUGCUAGAAGAUGACGUUCGCUGUUCAAAGAACUUUUUGACCACUGUUAAGAAAGUAAUUACCUCAAGAGAAGGAUCCUACUGGGUAACUUUGGAAUUCUCCAAACUGGGUUAUAUUGGAAAGCUUUACCAUUCCCAUGACCUCCCACGCCUGGCCCAUUUUUUGUUGAUGUUUUACCAAGAAAUGCCUUGCGAUUGGCUGUUGAUCCACUUUCGGGGGCUGUUAGCUCAAAAGGAAGUGAUACGUUUUAAGCCAUCACUGUUCCAGCACAUGGGAUACUAUUCAUCUUACAAAGGAGCUGAAAACAAACUAAAGGAUGAUGAUUUUGAAGAGGAAUCAUUUGAUAUCCCUGACAACCCACCUGCAAACUUGCACACCAAUAUGAAUGUAUUUGAAAACUACGAAGCAAGCAAGGCUUACAGCAGCAUUGAUGAGUACUUCUGGGGCAAGCCUCCUUCUACGGGGGACUUUUAUGGGAUUGUAUUUGAAAAGCCUAUUAAAAUCAGUAAGAUUAAAGUUAUCACUGGAACUGAAGACCGGCAAAAUGACAUUUUGCGUCAUGGGGCCUUGGAAGUAGGCGAGAAGAUUGUAGGGAGUAAAAUAGGGAGAAAAUGUACUACGUACUUGAGACUAGGGGAAUUCAAAAAUGGGAAUUUUGAAAUGACAGAUGUAGAGCACAAAGUUCUGUUUGAUAUUAGCUGCAUGAGAAUUCUUGUUACCAAAAGUCAAAAAGAGUGGCUAAUCAUUAGGAGCAUUAGCAUCUGGACUUCUCAAACAUCAAGUCAAUAAAAUGAAGCUACCUGAGAAAGUACACAUUAAAUACAAUCAGCUGGGUCCCAACUGGUACCAUUUCCCAGAUAAACUGAUUUAUUUCCAACUCUUUCCUAGAGACACAGGAAAUCUGGGGAAACAAUAAAAUUAUCAAAGCAAUUUAUUUUUUACUAGUUUGGCCAGGCAAUAUACAAGCAUUUACUUGUUGAAAAUUUUGAAUUUUAUAGAAAAUGCAAAGUUCUGAAACUUUUCUUGAGAUCUUGAAUCCUUUUUUUUUGUUGUUGUUUUUUUUGUUGUUGUUUUUUUUUUUUGUUUGUUUGUUUUGGUUUGGUUUUUAAUUGUAAUUUCUCUUUAUAGAGAGAUCUUCUGGACUAUUCAGAUCAAAACAAAACAUAUUAUAAUUACCAAAAUGUUUAAAGUUAUGACCACUACGUUGUGAAUGGAAAUUGGAUUCCACCUUAUGCACAUUCAAAUUUAAAAUGUUAUGGUAGUAUGCGUUUGUAAAAUAGUUGGUAAUAUGUUUCUUUUAAAGGCAGUUGUGACAAGGAUGUCUGUCCUGAAACUGGCAAUUUCAUUCUGAGCACUGUAAGAAAAUAUUGUGGCUUGUCAUUGAAAAUUCUUUUCAAAAGGGAAUGUAUGUAAAAUUAUGAGUCUGACAUGUUUACUAUGUGAAAAAUAGAAAAUUGCAUCUAUUAUUUUGUCUCAACAAAUAUUGUUUGUUCUUUUUCCUAGGUGAAAAUAAUACUACUAAUGUUUUAUAUUAGUUAGGGGAACAAUUUAAUCUCAUUCAAAUAAAAUUUCUCAUAGUAAGAAAACAUUCUGCUGUGGAAAAAGAUGUCAGUAUCAAAUCCAGGCACCCCCAGGGCAACCUUUUUCUCUUAGGCAUCUUAAGUUUCAGAGCAUAUUUAAGUUGCAUAGCUGCAGUAUUCUUCCUGAAAUUUUUUCCACCUUCCCUACUUACACAUCCUAUCUAUACAUGAUACAGAUGUAAAAUGUACCAGGUUAAGCAAUUGGAAGUGAAUGCUACACCAUUCUUUACUGGCUGAUGUCUAGGCAAUAGACCACAUGCAAAACGAAGAUUCUUAAUUUAAGGAGCAAUUAAUAUUUUUCUGAUUUUUUUUUCCUAUCGUUCUCUAAAUUUUAUCAUGUUGGUCCUGUUGCCAUCUUUUAAUGGCCUCGAGUUUUUCCCUACAAAUUUAUUUUGCCUGGCUUGAGCCAAUAAGCAGAAAGUUUCCUCAGUCCUAAUGACUUCAAUGUCAUCUCUGGGUUUCCAGUGUAUCACACAGGGAGGCUAUAUGGCAAUGUGACUUAUAUUACACACAUACAUGAGUAGAAUCUACAAGUGUUACUUUUUCCUCUAAGAAAUUCUGCAGAUAUUCUCAGUAGACACUAGAAAAUCCACUGGAAUAUCAAAUGUGACACGGAUGAACACUGUAUUAUCAAACCCACAAAUACUGCAGUUAUCAUCUAAUUACAUGUAUGGGUUUUAGUUAAAUCUGGGAGGCAAGGAUUAAAUUUCAAGAAUGUCUGCACUGACCAAGAGUGAACUAACUACUGUACUCAGUAUACCCAAACCUGAUAUAGCUAUUUCAGAAAAGAAAAUUAUUUGAAAAUCUACACGAAACAGCAAUGAUAUUGCUUUUCCUGAUUCAUAAAUCCUGCUAAAUUCAAGUCUACAUUUGGAAAAUCUCCUACUCGGAGGCAAGGUACAUUUUUAAAUAAAUCUUGUUUUACUUGAUUACACAUAACUUGAAAAAAUAUCCUUGCCUUUAAAAAGAUUCUCCUUAAUACACACCUAAAUCUCUAUUCUUCUCAUAUGUCUAUGGAAAGAUAUCUUAAAAACAACAUACAUGUCCAAUCUGGAAAGAAAAAUAUCACAUUUUUCUUAAUGAAAAAUAUGUACCAUUCUCAAAUGGUUAUAAAACUUUAAAGGACCUGUUUUUUAACAGUGAUUUUCCAUGAUUGUCAACUAACUAGUUGAUAAUUAGUUAUGAGUCAACGACAUGAGGCUUUACAUGAAAUGUCUUUCCACAUUUCCUUUCUUUGAUUGUCAACUAUAAGUGCUAAAGCAAAUAUAACUAGGCUGACUAGGACUGUUUACUUUUACUCAGAAAUGCAGUUUUUCCAACCAAAUCUUCCAAAUCAGGAUGGAGAACGUACUUACUCUAUAUGUUCUAUAAUACUCAAUCUAUAAUGUUCUUGUAAUCAAAACCAUAUACAAUGUGAAUGGAUGAUACACAUUAAAUGCAUUCAACAAAAGCUUAAAGAGUAUUUUAUGAACUAGAAAUGAAAAUAACCAGUUCAACUGUGCAAAAACUAACCCAAUAAUACAUUUUUAGUUGUGCUUAUGGUAAACAAAAUAAUUUUAAGUUGUAUUCUAAAUAGUCCUCAGAAAUGCAAUUUGAAACUGAGGCCUAGACACUGGUAUUUGAUGCAUGGUUAUGCUGCAACAGCUGGGAGGAGUUGGACAUUUCAGCUGAACAGGGGGCUGCUUGAAAAUGCCGAGACCAACAUCUUAUGCUAAAUUUGUUGAUUCUCUGGAUUUAGGAGACUGUAACUUUCUGAUCUACAGCUUACCGAGUGUAAAAAGAAGAGUCACAGUACUUGUUACCAUUUCUUUGAGAGCAGAACACAACUGCUUUCCUUUCUAAAACACUAGCAGUGAGUUUUAUCUCCUUCACCAUACAGAUGUGGUAAUAAAAGCUCAUCUGGCUUCAGGCUCUUCCCUAUCUAUGAGGGUCAAAUCCAUGAAUGUCAAGCAUAUGCCCUCAAAGGAAGCUUGUCUCAGGUGUGGAUAGCAGUAUGCUCUAGGAAUAAGAGGCAUGCAUUAGCCUUCCUCUUGUACUAUAUUUGAUUUGAAAACAAAAAAAAUUAAAGAUUCAUUUAACUCAGGAGAAGCAAGAACAUUGUCCUGUAGAAUGUCUGAGCAUUCACUUGAAUGUGUGCAUUCCACUUCCUCCUCCAAGUAAUUAUAUUUUACCCAACUCAUUACCAUGAAAAUUG